GGGGAUUCCCCAGGGGGACUCGGGACUCGUGGACCCGGGAUUGAAUGAAUAGACCGGAAAAGUUCCAGCCUCCCAGCCAAUCAGAGCGCGGAGGAGGGUCUAGACCCUCGCUGUUCAGCCAAUCAGCACAGGGACAGAGUUAAUGGGAGACGUCAUUGUCUCUGAGCCAAUCAGGCCUGGGGAAUGGGAAAUACCACCGCUCCUAGCCAGUCAGCUCCGGGAGUGGGAUAGACCACUGCCCCCUGGCCAAUCAGACUCAGGGAAUGGGACAGACCCACUCCCAGCCAAUCAGAGCUCGGAAUGGGAUAGAUGACUGACUAUCAGCCACUCAGCUCUGAGCAGGGGAGGGAGGGUGCACCGGCUCUCAGCCAAUCAGCACCGUUUAACCCUUUCCUGUCUGGCUCUUUCUCCCCACAGGCAUCCCCUCCCCCCACCGAGAUGAGCUCAAUAAUCUUCAGCCCCUGGGGCAGCGCCAAGCUGCUCUCGGCUCCCAGCCCCACCCAGCAGGGGGAGCCGGAGGGGUCCCUGGGGGGGGCGCCCGGAGCCUCCGAGGGGGGAUCCCGGUGCGACUGGUGCGAGCAGCUCACGGAGCCGGGGCACAGCAGGGACUGUGGGCACCACGUCUGCAAAGAGUGCGAGCGGGACUCCAGCAGGGCCGGGAUCCUGUCCUGUCUUCAGUGUUUGGAGGACCAGGGAAAGCAGCUGCUCAACGACCUGGACCGGGUGCGCCAUCCGCAGGUUGGGAUGGUGGAGGAGGGCGAGGCCCUGGCGGCCCCGUCCCGCCGGCGCCUCGUGGUGGAGGUGGUGCAGGGGCCGCAGGAGCCCCGGGGACGGCUGGACCAGCGGCUGGACGAGGUGGAGGCGCAGCAGAAGACCUUGCAGAACAUCGUGACGGUGCUGAGCCGGGAGAUGGGCCGGCGCGAGGGGGCCAGAGGCUCGGCCAACGGGGGCUCGGCCAACGUGCUGGGGGAAGCCAUGGCCCGAAUCCUGUACCUGGAGGAGAAGGUGGCCCAGCAGGACACGCUCCUGGCCCUCAAGGAUGUGAUGAUCAGCAACCUGGGGGCCCGGGUCGAGGCCCUGGAGCAGACCUCCUACAACGGGCAGUUUCUCUGGAGGCUCCCUGACAUAGGGCGCAAGAUGCAGCAAGCCCUUUCCAGACAGACACCUGCCCUCUACUCUCCCCCCUUUUACACCAGCCGCUACGGCUACAAACUCUGCCUCAAGGUUUACCUCAACGGGGACGGCACCGGGGCUGGGACGCACAUCUCCCUCUUCUUGGUGCUGAUGAGGGGCGAAUACGAUUGCUGGCUCAAAUGGCCUUUCCAUCACAAGGUCACCUUCACGCUUCUGGAUCAAGUCGGCGACCGUCACAUCUCAAGCUCUUUCCGACCGUCGGAAGCCUCCUCUUCCUUCCAGCGGCCCGUGAGCAACUGCAACAUAGCCAGCGGCGUCCCCGAAUUCUUCCCCCUGUGCCAGCUCCACGCCCCGGAAGCCACCUACAUCCACGAGGACACCUUAGCCUUCAAGGCCCUGAUCGGCGACACCAACCUCUAGAGUGGGGCAGUUCGUCUGCGGCCCACGGGACUGGGGCUUGGGCCUCACUCGGGCCUAGAGACAUAGCCGACAGCUUGGACUCCCGGGUUGGUGUCUUUCAAGAUGGCUGCCUGCACCGCCUCUCCCCUGCCAAGCCUUCACUCAAGAUGGCCGCCCACACCGCCUCUUCCCUGCCAAGCCUUCGCCCAAGAUGGCUGCCCACACCGCCUCUCCCCUGCCAAGCCUUCACCCAAAAUGGCUGCCCACACCGCCUCUCCCCUGCCAAGCCUUUGCCCAAGAUGGCCGCCCACAAUGCAUCUCCCCCCACCAGGCCUUCACCCAAGAUGGCUGCCCACAACGCCUCUCCCCCACCAAGCCUUUGCCCAAGAUGGCCACCAAGACCUCGCUUCCCCUCCCAUGGCUUCAUCUAAGAAGCUGGCCAUGAAAAAUGGAGGUCGACCCUUCUUGGUAACCACCAUGGAAGAGGUUUUCAAGACAAUAUGACCCUGAAGUCUCUUCCCAGACGGCCACUCAUGAAUAGGUUCUGCCUCCUUUGAAAGCUUAGUCCGAGACAGUGGCCACGAAUAAUGGAGGGUGAGCCCUCGGGGCAGCCAUCUUGGAAGAGACGAAGGUGGAGGGAGACCCUUCAGUGUCAUCCAAGAUGGCUGACCAUGAGAACUGUUGUGGCAGCCAUCUUGGCAGCUCUUCUGACAGUGGAGGGAGAUGUAGGAUGAUCCUCCAGCUGGUGGCCCCCACCUAAGGUCUCCCUCACACAGGGAGGGUCAGCUAUGGGGAUAUACAAAGCCGCCCCCCCCCCCAACAGUAUGGAGCUCGCCUUCAGUGCCUGCAGUUCCCCCCACACCUCAGAGAGCAGCUGCACGGCUGUUCCUGGCGGGGGUUGUUGACCAGCUCUUAUUUUUGUAGACCCUACACAAAGUCAUACCAAACGCGACCUCAGCAGCAACGUGCCAAGCAGCUCUGGGCUUUUCGGGAGUCCGAUGAUCCCGCUGGGACAGGGACGGCCAGAAAUGGGGCGUUUUUGUUUUCAAUACGCCAAAGCAGACUGGACUAUUUAAGAGGGAAAAUAUUUGUAACUGAAUUAAACUCUUAUUUAUUUAGUUGACAUUAAAUCUAUUUAUGGAUCACAGCAGCUGCUCUGGGGGGGUCGGCAUUUUGCACCCCCCUCCCAAAAAUUAAAGUGGGUCCAAUGGAGAGAAUUGAAAUUGAAGUGUGAGGUUUCCCCUCUAGGGGAUGCUGGCUCUGGGUGGGGGCACUGGCUGGCUCAGGGGGUAAGCAGUGGGGUACAGGUCCCCCCCUAAUUGAGACAUGACUCGGAGCUAAAUUGGUUCAAUUCUUUAUUGUGUCAAAGAUCUCAGAGGCAGUGAGAAGCUAAACACCCCCUCCCUCUGGAUCAACACCCUGGCUCUGCCCUCGGGGGCGCUCCUACUCCACAUCACCAGGGGCUCCUAGGAGCCCCCCUAACUACUCUAACACACACACAAGGCACCCCUGUCUUUGGGGGGGCAGUCACCCUUACAUAGCUAGAGGUCUGGGAUCCCCAGCUGCCCCACAGCAGGCCUAGCCAGCCUGGUAUCCCAGCGCUACCACCAACCGUCAGCCCCAAGGACCCACAGUUGCUACUGCUAACGGGGGAAGGGGUCGUGCUAUUGGGGUGUGGCAGUGGGGAGCGAGUUGUGUUUCAAGGGGGU